AGUUUAUUUGAAGGUUGAAGAAAGAGAGUAAGAGAGAGAGAGAGUAAGAGAGAGAGAGAUACCUAAUUUGGCAUGUAAUGGGCGGAUUGGCGGUGGGUGGAGGGGAUCCCUCAUAAACUGGGGUUAAAGUGUCCUCACUUAUUGAAAAGUCAGAUCCAAGACCGCGCCUCCUUGUUUCAGCACUGCGAGAGACCGAUAACGGGACAAGCCGACAACCAAGAAGAGACGGAAUAAAAGUGGACAUCCAUUCCUGUUACUCACAGUUGACAUUAAUUGGCCUGUAAAUCUUUUUGUCAGCCCAUCAUGGCGGUGGUGUUGCGUUCCUCGCCUCUCCUGUGGGCCCGUGUGGCUGCCAUGGUUUUCGCCUGUGUAGCAUUCAGCGUAGCUCUAUACGGAGCGAAUCUAACCCACGGCACGGGUGAUUGGUGCGUUUUCUGCUGGAGUUUCAGUUUUGUUGGAACUCUUCUGAUAAUCUUAGUGGAGAUGUUUGGCCUGCAGACCCGCGCCCCUGUUUCAUGGAAGAACUUUCCCAUCACAUUCGCUUGCUACGCCUCCCUCCUCUGCCUCUCCGCUUCCAUUAUAUUUCCCCUUUACUUCAUGAAGGGCUAUGCAGGCCGCACCGAGACGUACAACUGCCGCAUCGUGUCUACCGUAUUCUCUUGCCUCGCCACCAUCGCGUACUUAAGCGAGGUGAGUCUCAGCAAGGCUCGUCCGGGAGAGGUGGCCGGCUACAUGGCCACAGCACCAGGGCUGCUAAAAGUGUGCGAGACCUUCGUCGCCUGCAUCAUAUUCGUCUUCAUCAGCGAGCCGGUAUCGUACGACCAGAAUGCGGCGACCCAGUGGUGCCUGUCUGUGUACUGCAUCUGCUUCAUCUUGUCGGCAGCCAUCAUCGUGAUGUGUGUGGGAGAGUGCACAGGUUGCCUGCCCUUCUCCUUCGCCCGCUUCCUGUCUUCAUACGCCCUCCUGGCUGUGGUCUUGUAUCUAUCCGCCACCAUCAUCUGGCCCAUAUAUAAGUUUAACGAGAAGCACGGAGGCCAUAGCCACAGACCCAACUCCUGUGGCUCCGGCACCGGCCUGUGCUCGUGGGACAAGCUGCUGGCCAUCUCGGUGCUCAGCGCUCUCAACUUCAUUCUCUAUCUGGCUGAUCUCAUCUACUCAGCCAGGCUGGUUUUUGUUAAUGUUUAAGGGGUUUAGCAAGAAUUAAUAGAAGACUGUAAAGAGUUAAAAGGCAGAAAGAGGGAAGUGGGUUGGAGAGUAACGAUGUUGAAAUGAAAGGUCAUAAACUAUAUUCACUGUUAGUUAUAUAUUUUUUUUGUCAUGCCUGUUUAGCAAUCAUGUGUACAGAAGGCAAAAAGUUGGACUUUUUCAAACUUUUUUUAUUUGUUAAAAAAGUGUAAAAUGUAACAACUGGACAAAUUAAUGAUUAUACAUAUAUAUGCCUGUGAUUGAUCAAAAAUACAGAAAAAACA